UUAGCCGUAAACCGUGCCCCCGUUUUCAUUCGGCUAAGGCAACCUGGGAGAUAUGGGAUGCAGUUUGAACUGAGCCCCGACUCCACAGUCAGCACACUUAUUGACAACCUGUUAAGUCAGUAGGGGAUAGUUUUACAGUCAGCUGACAGAGAGAGGGAGAGAGAUAAACAACUGUAGGAGCCGUUGAGAGUAAACUCUCACUGCCACUGGCUCUCUCUCUCUCUGUCAAUCUUUGUCUCUCUCCGUGGAAAAGGUUGGAAAAGCGGGGGAAUGAAAAGACCUUAGAUCCGAAGAUGCUUAGCCUUCGGUUCGUCAAGCAGACACUUACAACAGGGUAUCAGCUGCCUCGGCUGUGACCUCACCAUGGUGACGUGUAAAUCCAGAUUAACCUGCUCUCUUAUUCCGCCAGACUUGGAAGUGAUUAGAGAUUAUGACCGUGUCCUUUUAAUAGCAUUGGACAUGUGGGUAAUCAACUGCGUCCACCAACGUCUCGUGUCAGGGUGAAGUUCAUUUAGACUGAGUUCCUCACAAAGUGAACAACGUGGCCAAUUUGUGCAAGACAGCAGGAACAUCUUGGAUGAAUGUGACGUCUUACGCGUGUUGCUGAUGGAAUCUCCAGCUUGUCGUUGCCGUGGCAGCAGGAAAAACCGAGUCAUCGGGUCACAACGGCGACCGAACAACUGUCUUUGAGAGUGACGUCACACGCACGUCUUACCCCAGCAGCUUUACUAUACACACCGCGCACACGGAUGGCACGAGUGGUGUUCCUCCAUCCAGACCUGGGUAUUGGUGGUGCAGAGCGACUGGUGGUCGAUGCUGCUGUCGCUCUUAAGGCUCAGGGGUGUAGUGUUCAGAUCUGGACGGCACAUUAUGAUCCAACACACUGCUUCUCUGAAACCCUGGACCCAGACCUGCCUGUAGUAUGUGUGGGUGACUGGCUUCCUACUGGUGUGUUUGGCUACCUACAUGCCCUGUGUGCCUACCUGAGGAUGAUCUAUGUGGCCCUCUACCUGGUGUUCCUCAGUGGGGUGGAGUAUGAUGUCAUCUUCUGUGAUCAGGUGUCGGUGUGUAUCCCAGUGCUGCGUCUGUCCCGUCACAGGAAGAAGGUUCUGUUUUACUGCCACUUCCCAGACCAGCUGCUGACCCAGAGAAAGUCAACUUUGAAGAAGCUUUACCGCGCUCCCAUUGACUGGCUGGAGGAAUACACCACGGGCAUGGCUGAUAUGAUUCUGGUAAACAGCCAGUUCACUGCAGGCAUCUUCAGGGAGACCUUUCAUAGUCUAAGUAGAGUCCAGACAGAUGUCCUCUAUCCCUCCCUCAACACGCGUACCUUUGACCAGCCGUCCACUGAAGCACAAGGCCUUGAAGGGCUGCUCCCUGAGGAAACCUCCUGCCUGUUUCUCUCUCUGAACCGAUAUGAGAGAAAGAAGAAUCUGGGCUUGGCUCUGGAGGCUCUGGCAGCCCUGAGGAGCAGCCUUCCUCCAGGCCAGAGAGCAGGCAUUCACUUGGUGGUGGCGGGGGGCUAUGAUGACCGAGUUACUGAGAAUGUUGAACAUUACACUGAACUGAAAGAGCUGGCAGCGCAGCUCCAUUUGGAGGACUGUGUCACUUUCUUGCGCUCCCCUUCUGAUUCACUGAAGGUGGCGCUGCUGCGGGGCAGCGCCGCUGUGCUCUACACCCCGAGCAGAGAGCAUUUUGGUAUAGUUCCCGUUGAGGCCAUGUACUGCUGCUGCCCUGUUAUCGCUGUGAACUCUGGGGGCCCCCUGGAGAGCGUGGCAGACCAGGAAACGGGCUUCUUGUGUGAGCCCACAGCUGAAGCCUUCUCUAAGGCCAUGGAGAGGCUCGUCAGGGAGCCACAGCUCCGCAGGGACAUGGGACAAGCUGGAAGGAGGAGGGUACAAGAUAAGUUCUCUCUUCAGGCCUUCUCAGACCAGCUGUAUGGGUACAUUGUCAGGCUGAGCCAGUGAUGUGAAGCUGGAGGAGAGGCAAGAGAAAACCAGUGAAAUUGUGGAAAAACGAUCCUCUGCUGAACUGUGAAACUGAAGACUGGGGUCUGAGUUGAAGUGGAUGUCUUCUAACAGAGAAUGUAUGUGUAUAUGUGCAGGUAGGUGGUGGGGUAUUAUGAGGACUUAGAGGACAAUUAAUCAGCAUUCCCUUGCAGUGGUUGCUGAGAGGAAAAAAAGGAUGGAAUCUCUAUACUAAUUAAGAAAAGAGUAACGAGUUUACCUACCCUAUCUCUGGAAAAAUACCACCCCUGCAAGUGUGUACGAGCGUUCGUGUGUAAUUGUGCAUGUGUAGCAGCGUGGCAACCAAGAGCCUAGCAAAUGAGUGUACCAAAAGGAUUGAUUGUUAGAGUGAAAUGUUUUGCACUGUGUAUGUUUUUUUUCUUGCUUUUCUACAGUAGUCUUUGUCUUUGUGUGUUUGGGGGUUGAAGAAGAAGAAUGUAGUUACAACUAUGUGCCAUCAGGCAGUACACAGUCUCAGAUCGAUAAACAAGAUGCUUUCCGCUACUUCCUGUCCACCCAGAGCUUAGCUUCACAAGAUGCUGACAGAGAGUGUUUUGCUUUAUUAGAGGUCUGGCUGAUGGGCAGUGUGCCUGUGUCUGGGUCAUUAUCAGCGAGGAGAAUAGCAGAAGGUCAUUGUGUCUGCGCACUGGCCUCCUCAGCCCUCCUACUGUAUAGAAAUGCUCUUAUUGACAUUCCUGAAGUCUUAAUAAACAAGAGGACAAAUAGUUUCCUGACUCUUA